AUGACCCGCACGCUGCAGAACCGCCUCGCUCUGGCCAACGUCAAGAUCAAGAAUGGCUGGGAGAGUCUCAGUCUGGAUGCCAUUGAGCCCGUCGUCGAUGUGGAGCUCAAGCGUAAGCGCCCCGGCUCCAGCAACGAAACAAUGUCGGAUGCCUCGAGCGUAUCCGAGCGCUUCUACCAUCCUGGCGUGCUCGACUCCUCUCCACUCGCAGCUCCCAUAUUUUCAGACCAUGUGCGUCGCUCAGCGAGUCGAGCCGGCAGCAGUCACAGCCAGAGCAAGCGGCCGCGCUUGGACCAGUCGAGGUAUCCGGCAUCCAGCAACCACACCCGCAACAAAGUGCGCUCGGCGACGGCAUCCAGCAACUGGAAGAACAGCUUCCAGCUGCCCGAGUCGUCGCCCGUAUACCAUCGCAGACACGCUCGUUUUGGCCGCACACAUGUGCCGAGCUUGUCCUUUGUAUCCGAGACAUCGACCGUGCCCGAUCCUCGCUCGCCCCUCCUGUCCGAAGACGACGACGAAGAUCUGCCCAUCACAUCCUUCCAAAUCAACCGCUCCCAUCGUCGACUGUCGCCACCGCAAGCGCCGCGCACACCGCCCCCAGAUGUCGCUCGCUCAGCUCGUCUGCGACAAAGUGGCUUCAAUGCUGCCGGUGCCGCCCGCGAAGGCAAGAAUGGCGACGACGAUGCCAACUUGCUCAUGUACCUCGCUACAUCCCCCACACCAGCCCGCGCCGACUCGGGAAAGCACCAGAUGCUGGCACCAUCUACGCCGCCUUCCAAGCAGACACCUCUGCCUUCAUCCAUGAUGUCGACCCCUGGUGGUGGUGCAGCAUACGCUGGCUUUGGCCUUGCGACCCCCUCCACCAACCUCAACUUUGCCGAAUUUCUCAACAUGUCGCCGAGCCCAGCUCAGGUCAAUGGAAACUGGAACCGCACACCGAUUGCUGGUGGACCCAGAACGCCCGCUGCCGUCCGCGAGGCCCGACGUCGUCUCAAUUUUGAGAACCUCCAUCCCCCCACUGGGGAGAGUCCGCGCAUGAGCGCACACAUCGGCAAAGUUGAUGGCCUCGGUAUGGACCUAGGAGGCGAACUAGUGUCAUGA